CAAACCGCCAGCAGAUUGUAGCAGGGAAGCAAGCGUUGGGCAUCAGUCAGUUGGGACGCGUUAGUUCGGUGUCGUGAAUGCAAGCUUCCACACGUCAACACGGUGCGUUACAACUUCAGGAUGACUUUAACACUGCAGGUGGCAGUGCCGGCGCUGCUGUUCUUCGCUUCCACCGUGUACGGACUUAGCAUUGUUCGUGAUCAGGACACGAUUGAGCAGCUGUUCAAUGUGAACGACAUCGAUCAAACGCUCGUCGAGGAAGAUCAUGGAGUGGCUGGCGUGGCCAUCCCGAAAGUGCAUCGGUUGAACUUUGCCGAACGGAAGCAGCAACGGCAGAGCAAACAUCUCGAUCUAAAUGAGCUGGAGCGUAAAAGACGAGCAACUGAAGGAAAUGGCGGAAAAUCAUCCACCAAGGGCAAGGAAUGUCGCACACGGGCCGGUGAGAAGGGACACUGCACGCGCUACCAAAGCUGCAAGGGUCCGGAGCUGAAGGACAACGUGUGGUCCGUUCUGCAGCAUCUGUGCAUUGUCGAGGGCAUCAGUGUCGGUAUCUGCUGCCCCGAUGUGGUGCAAGAUGGGAAUGGGCCCGAGUUUUCCGUCCGUCUGCCAGCCACGGCCGACUCGUACGAUGACGUCGACGGGCUGGGCGAUGGACCGACGGCCCGUGAUGCCACCGUGCGGCCGGAAGAGCGUGGCUGCGGUCUAUCCACCAAGCAGCUGUCCAAGAUUGCUGGCGGUCGUCCGGCCGAUUCCAACGAGUGGCCCUGGAUGGUAGCGCUCGUCAGUUCACGUGCGUCCUUCUGUGGCGGUGUGCUCAUCACGGACCGGCACGUCCUCACCGCGGCGCACUGUGUGAUGAACCUGAAGCUGACGCAGUUCGUGGUGCGGCUCGGCGAGUACGACUUCAAGCAGUUCAACGAAACGCGCUACCGAGACUUUCGGGUGGCGGAAAUUCGGGCCCACGCAGACUUCGAUCAGAUCAGCUACGAGAACGAUAUCGCGAUGCUGAAGCUGAUACAGCCGUCCUUCUUCAACUCGUACAUCUGGCCAAUCUGUAUGCCACCGCUCGAUGACGCGUGGACUGGGUAUCAGGCGGUCGUGACCGGGUGGGGCACACAGUUCUUCGGCGGACCGCAUUCGCCUGUGCUGAUGGAGGUGAGGAUACCGAUCUGGUCGAACCAGGAGUGUCAGGAGGUGUACGUGAACCGGAUCUACAACACGACGCUGUGUGCGGGCGAGUACGACGGUGGUAAGGAUUCGUGCCAGGGCGACAGUGGUGGACCGCUGAUGAUACAGCUGCCCAACCGGCGCUGGGCGGUGGUGGGAAUCGUGUCGUGGGGCAUACGCUGCGGGGAAGCGAACCAUCCCGGUAUCUACACGCGCGUCAGCUCCUACGUGCGGUGGAUCAUUGAAAAUGCAGUGUUCUAGAAGGAAGGCGAGCAGCCGCUGAUGCAUUUGCACUUGGGGCUUUUUGAGUGGCUGUUUGACGAGAGAAUG